GAGAAACAGCGCCCCCUUGUUUAUGUGUAGGAAACGCGAUGGGAUGUGUGAGGACUACUCAGUGGCUAACGAUAGCAAGGUACACAAACAGGGAAAUUAAUCAUUUUUCUCUCCUUUGAUAUUCGGGAGGUCUAAAGAAAGCUCCAGAAGGAUUGAUAAACUCCCCUUUUCCCACCACAUUCCCACCAAGGAGGGAAACGAGAACGAAAGACUCCCGAUAAUCCCGCGAAGAGGGGAGCGGCCUUGCUUUUUUAGCCGGCUUCCCGGCGCAGCUCUGACGGCUAGCACUGUCACCAGAGCCCGGUGCUUCCGCUGGCUUGUUCGGCUCCACACGGAUAGAACCGCGGCGGCUUCGAUAUUAUUUUUGUUUCGGACGCCACCAUCUGCUCGUCCGCACGCUAGCUCCCCUGUCUAGGAGCGGGUGUCGGCGUUUCUCUCCGAGGAGGAGCUUUCGAAGCCGAGGCGGCCUGUUUUGUUUUCGAGCCGCCGUGAAUCUCUGCGAACAAUAACACAACCAUAACGAGCCUGCUGGGGCUGCACCGAGUGAGGAAAUAGGAGCCACUGACGCCCCGGUGUGGGGUAAUUGAUGCUCUGUGUGACACCAGCUCAACUCGGGACAGGCAUGCAUGUGGACUAUGGGGAUAUCAUGGGAGUACGAUUGCAAACCGGGCCACUUUGUCACAGAGUAGCCUGCUUGAAUCUCGGAGCUGCUAGCUAGUUAGCUAGCCAGCUGUGUCUGUGAGAAGCGUUAAAAAGGCCACUGGCGACGGAAGGAGUGCCUCACGAUGCUUUGUCUUAAUUUAAAUUACGUAUGGGAAGGAAACGAACCGAAACGGUGCGCAUGAAGCUGCAUUUUAAUGCAAACAAAUCUCCGAUCGGAGGCUGCGGUGAUUUCAAAGCUAAGACAGCGCAUUGAAGAUGGAUUGGAUGUGACUGGGGAUGACUAAACCUGGAUCUUCACUCUUCAUGUGGGAUUUAUCUAGCAACCGGGAACUGAAGCCGUGACAUCCACCUAUAUGCCCCCUUCAAAGCCCCCACCGGACUCCCUUGAUAAAAACAGUAAUUUUAUCUCACGGGAAGCGGGAGCUGCGGGUAGUUUGUUUAUCCUCUUGUGUGACUUUGGUGUGUUUUUAUUAACGUAUUAAUACAUCUGGAGCGCCGGGCCCAGACAGCUGAGAUGAACCCGGUGAAUGCGACCUCUCUCUUCGUGUCUGCGAGCCGGUCGGUGCUGCAGUGCGACCCCCGAGACCCCCGGGCUCUUGCGGAGCUCUGCAAGCUCCUGCCGUUUUUCCGCCAGUCCCUCUCCUGCUUGGUCUGCGGCAACCUGCUGCAGGACCCCAUCGCUCCCACCAACUCGUCAUGUCAGCAUUACGUCUGUCGAGGCUGUAAGGGUCAGAGAAUGCAGCUGAAGCCGUCCUGCAGCUGGUGCAAGGACUAUUCCCGCUUCGAGGAAAACCGGCAGCUCUCUUUGCUCGUCCACUGUUACAGGAAGCUCUGUCUCUACAUCACACAGUCGCCACUUGCACCACACAUAGCCAGCGCUGCCAGUGACUCACCUGACCUGCAGGCUAUCCUCAAUGAGGGCCUGACAUUGGCGGAGAGUGAGCCAGAAGCGGAGGAUGUCUCAGACUCUGUUCGUUUGUCACAGACGGUGUCGACCUCUGAGGUGGGUCAGCCCGAUGGCGGUCCAGCAACAAAGGAGCUCAAGGUGGAAGAACCGAGCCCCGUGGGCUUUAACGGACUGCAUGACUGUAACGGCCUGGUCAGCUCAGACAGACUGCACCCCAUCACCACGAAGCAGGAGAGCUUCUCAGAGGAGAUCCCAGUGUGCAUGAGUGUUACAGGCACUUCAGAGACGGGACUUUGUGACAUCGGCGCUUUCGGGGAUGACCUGAAACACGGCGGGGGGCCACUACUGUUGAGUGUAGAGGAGGUGCUCAGAACUUUAGAGACGGAGUCUGACCCUGACCCUUCACCUGAGCCCAACUCUCAGCCAGGCUGCCACCCCUCUGUACCUCAGUCUAGCCGAAACGGGCCUCACUGCCCAUCAGGCCAAGACUCAUCCCGCCUCAUCGCCUCCCUCCCUUCAGAGAACAGCUCCCGUCGCCUCCAACCACACCCGCAGCCCUCACUGCAGCCCCCUCCUCAGCCCUCUGCAGUCACCCCCCGUAUACCGCUUCGCUGCCACCGCAAACGCUCCCGCUCAGAAAGCGACAGCGAGAAGGUGCAGCCCCUCCCUAUUUCCAGCCUCCUACGAGGGCCCCCCAUUGGUGCCAACAGUUCCCCCCACCACCCCAACCCUGGUGCCACCACCAAACAGGAACCUAAGUUCCCUGCAGCAACGCCUCACCCCCACCUAGCCCCGGUACCUAAUGGCAGCACCCCAAAGGUGGGUAAGACUGUACUUGUCCCCAACAAGGCUCUGAAAAAGACUGUGGAGCACCAUGGUGCCGCCAAGAAGUCGUACACCAAGGCCAGGCAAGGGGCCCCCAAACCCCGCACGCAGCCCCGUGACAGAGUACCCCCUCACCCUCACGCUCACCCCCUCACACACCCACCCAGCCCCUCGAAGCCACUGUACAAGAAGCCUGUGGAGAAGAAGGGCUGCAAGUGCGGCCGGGCUACCCAGAACCCCUCAGUGUUGACCUGUAGGGGGCAACGCUGCCCCUGUUACUCAAACCGCAAGGCUUGCCUGGACUGCAUCUGCCGCGGCUGCCAGAACUCGUACAUGGCCAAUGGCGAGAAGAAGCUGGAGGCCUUCGCCGUGCCAGAGAAAGCUCUGGAGCAGACCCGGCUCACGCUGGGCAUCAACCUCACCAGUAUCGCCGCAGCGGCCCUGCGCAGCCCGGCCACCAGCUCCCCGGGCAACACCCUCCUCAACGUCACCACAGCCACGGGGGCGCCUGUCACAGCCGCCUUCCUAUCUGGGGCGGGGCACGACAACCGGGGCUAUGACGAUUCGCUGGAGAUGCGGUUUGACUGUUGAGGUCCGGCCCCCCCUCCCCUUCCGCGGUCAGUAGUCACACACAUUCCCCCACCCCUACCACCACCACCGCCGCCCCUCCCUCACCCUGCUGGGUGGCGUCACCCAUCGGUUCGUACAGCGGCGGAGCCAGAACAAAGGCAGCUACAGUGACAGGCGGCAGCGAGGGUCACCAGCUGAAGCUGAGGAGGCGCCCUCCAUCCAAACGCCCGAAACUGCACCAUGCUUGUGGUCUUGCAUACAGAGAAGAGAAGAAGAAAGAGGAGAUGUAGCGUUACUGUAUGUGCAGAGAUUUCAUUUCAGUGGGUAUAGAGGGGUUUAUUUUGUUGUUGUUUUCUUCUCUACUAUGGGUAAUAUGUAGAGCAUGUUGUGUAGCUAAGUCGGGCGUGCUGACCACGGUCACACGGCUCUCAGCGUGUGUGUAUGUGUCUGUGUGUCCAUGUCUGUGUGUGUGUGCGUUGAGCAUGUGAGUGUGUAUGGGAGGGUUUUAUUUGAAGAUGAACCUUACUAGCAGGAAUGGAGACAUCGUCACCACCACCUUCAUCAGAGACUGGUGUAAUUUAUAUAUAAGAGAGAACCUUUUGUACAUGGACUUAUCGGUUUCCAUUUAAGAAGACGUUUUAUGAUAUAUUUUAUAAGUUACUUUAAAUCCAAUGGAAGCCGAUGUAAAGCGGGGAGAUGUCUGCAUUCAACCAGAAUGUUUUCGCACUGGUAAAAGUAGAUUUUGUAAACCACCAGAAAUAAAAGCUCUUAUACGUAAGGAAUAAAAAUGAUUAAAACCACCAGCCGAGUUUUGAUUACGUCUUUUGAAUGUUUAAAGAUCCUGAAGCUUGGGGAAGGUUGGAUGAUUUGGUGAGUUUUGAGGCAGGAAGAUGGUAAAACUUCAGCACUUAUCCCACUUUUUUUUUUUUUAAAUGUUUUGUUGUUGUUCUUACUUGUGUAUAAAAACUCUGGUUGAUUGCAGGCCCUGUGCACUGCUUUUCCACAAGUUUUUUUUGGUUUCUGGAAGCUACACACUUGCUGCUAAAUACUACAAAGGACUCAAAAGGAGGAGAGCACACCUGUUUUCCUUGUCUUGUUUUGUUUUCUUUUAAAUAAAAAUGCGUUAACAACAUUUGCAGUAUUUAUUGGACGUCUCCUAACGUAGAGGUUACGUGUUGGGCACCAGUUUGUUUCCGGUUAAGUUCUUGUCGUCGUCCUCUUCUUAGCGUUAGUUUCUGGUGUCUCCAAAAAGGUUUUUGUUCUCCCUCUGGGCAUUUAAAUACCUGUAAUAUAACUGUAACAUAUUUCCACAAAAAAGAAAGAAAAUCAGAAACUUACAAAGUGUUGUGUGGUUAUUUGUUUCUACCCUUUAUCACUGAGAUUAAGCAUGUUGAAAGUAUUUAUUGAUCUGUCGGCACUGCCGAAGUUAGGCAGUAGAGGGCAGUGUUGGACCUAAUGCUGCAGUAAUUAUUUGGCACCAGCAACAUGCCUUGGCUAGAAAGCAGUUUUGAGCCACUUUGACUGGACUACAGAUGUAACUGUAAAUGCCUUUGUAGUAAUAAACCUUUUUGAUGUAAAGGUUAAAACAGCAAGCACAUUUUAUAAAUUUAGACCCACAGGAAUGAUUUUGAUUCAAUGAAACUUGGCUUUAAUUGUGACUGUGGGAACAAUCCAGUUCUCUAAAACGUGGCAAUGCUCUCUUCACGUAAUUUUAUAUCAGUAAUGUUUAGGUUACCAGUGGUUUAUUCUGCUACGUGAUUUGCAGAGAAGUAUCAAUUCUAAGUAAGAUAAGAUCAACUUGUCCAAAGGUUUGGAUAUUCUUUUGUUACAACAGUCAAAAAUCAGCUUGAACACAACAAAUGUAGAACAAAUAGCUUAAUGAGUAGAAUGUAGUACGUAAAAGAAUAUGAGAGAACAACUACGUUUAUUUUGUCUAAUAUUGUCAAAACAAAUCUGAAAUCAAUGUAAAUAUCUUGACGUUAUACAUAAAUAACAAAUAGUGCAAUAAAGUGACUUUGUGUUGUCACAUUACAGGGUUAAAAUAAACUUAAAUAAACAACCUUAGAAAUUUUCUUGUAAAACUUCCUGAUAAAAAAUGUCGUGAAAAAUAAAUAAAAUCCCAGAUUUUAUUCAUGUCAAGGUUUAUAUUCUACACAGCUCAUAAAGAAUUGACUGGAUAUCAGGAAAUCUUUAAUGGAAGACUUUAAUGUAAUUAAAAAUUUAAAAACAAUUUAACUGCCAUCCACAAAGUCUAGUUUAGAAGCAAGUGUUGCUACUUGGUAGCAUUCUUCUUAUUACACGAGUUUAAAGCAUUUUCAAAAUGAACCGUAUUAUCAUUCCUCAAAUUUACUAAACAAAUGCCUUUAUAGAAUCACUAGUAAAAAUUAUUUAAAAGAGAAUUUAAAAAGGUUGUCAACAUAUCCCCAAAAUGUGAUUUUAAAGAACUUUUAUUGCCUAGAAGUUAAACAAUCACACACUACAUAUGUGUGUGUGUAGAAAUUAUUAAUUGCAAUUUCUGUUCUUUAUCCAGAUGUUUACAUCCUUUCUCAGUAAUCUUUCAUAUCUCAAUAUUCGCAUUUUUGUGGAUCAUGUUUACAACUGUCAGUCGAGUGAGAACAAGUCUCCAAUAUAAUAUGUUCUGCUAUUUACCAAAGCUUGUUAAAUACUUCUAUUACAAAC